AGGUUUUAUAUAGACUAUGAUUCUGGGUACCUUGAGCUUGAUAAGUCUUCAAGCACAUUUCUAGAAAACUAGAAAAUCCGAAAUACAAUGGGUUUGUAACACUUUUACAUAUUUCAAAGGUUAUGUGCUGUUUUAUGGACUGUAGCCACUGUAUGCUGCUGGACCUAAUAUUUCAUGUCUGCACGAAAAGUCAAGUUCAUACAGCAACAGAAACCGCUCCAGCUUUCAAGCGAGUGACGUGAAUGGACAGGACAGCAGUGAGCAAGGCCGCGCGUAUUGUCUGCCCCCCUCCCUCCUCUGUUGUCAACGAACAGCCUGAUUGGCUGAGGCCUGGAAAAGUGUUCGAGGAUUCAGAAUGUACAGGCCGCAUUAGCCAUAGCGAGGAAAAAUACAGGAAAACUACAACACAUUAAAUGACAGAAAACCAGGAUAUUUGGUGACGCAUUACGAAGUUUAUAAUAACAGUCGUCGUCUUCUGCUUUCUGAUGAAACAGAUGAAUCAGAAUAGGACCUUCCCAUUGCACUCAACCACCCAAAACAGGAAUCAGAUGUGAAGCUCAGCGUAACCAGAGCCAAUGGACAAAGGCGGCGGCCUUCUGGAGCUCCACUCCCAGGAUCUGAAGAUGCCCCACGCUAUGAUCAUGCAGGACUUCGUGGCGGGUAUGGGGGGCAUGGCCCACAUCGACGGCGACCACAUCGUGGUGUCAGUGCCGGAGGCGGUGCUGGUGUCGGAUGUGGUGACCAGCGAGGGCAUCCUGCUGGAGGCUGAGGCCCUGGAGGCCGAGGUGGUGGAGGCCCCCGACCUGGAGGAGGAAGAAGAGGAGGAGGAGGAGGAAGAAGAGGAGGAUGAGGAGGCCAGUGGAGGAGGAGUGAUCUUGGCCCACCACCACGAGUCCCUACUGGGGGAAGAGGAGGUGGCCAUCGAGGAGGCGCUGGUGGAGGAGGAGCAGCUGGAGGAGGACGAGGGUGUCGGGGAGGAGGAGGAAGAGGAGGAGGCCGCUCUGGAGGAAGAUGAGGACAACCACCACCACCACCAUCAUCAUCACCAUGUCCUAACCACAUCAGGCCUCAUGGUGGACGAGGAGGAUGAAGAGGAGGUGGGCAUGGGGGAGCAGGUUGGGGUGUUUGUGGGCGGCCCGCUGGAGCACGAGGAGCUGGUGUCUGAGGAGGUGAUGGUAGCGGAGGAGGCAGACGAGGAAGAGGAGGAGGAAGUGGAGGAGGCAGACGAGGAAGAGGAGGAGGAGGUGGAGGAGGCGCAUGUGAUCCACCAUCACCACCAGGGCCACCACAAGGGCCUGCCAGCCUCCACAGUCACCAUCAACACCGAGGCGGACGAGGACGGCAAAACCACGUCGGAGGACUACCUCAUGAUCUCCCUUGACGAUGUCGGAGAGAAGCUUGACAUCGGUGACACCCCUCUGAAGAUUAGCACGGAGGUGACGCAAGACGAUGACGAUGGCGAUGACUCCAAGGAGGAUGGCUACGGCUCCGAUGUCAUCAAGGUCUACAUCUUCAAGGCCGAGACCGACGAGGACGUUGAAAUAGGGGGCACUGAGGUGGUGACGGAGAGUGACUUCCAGAAUGGCCACGCGGUGCUGGAGGCGGCUCCUGGCGCUCGGCUGCCACGGGAGAAGAUGGUCUACAUGACCGUCAAGGACACCAGCCAGGGAGACGAGGAAAUGGGUUGUGCGGAGGUGUCUGACCAGGUGUACAUGGAGGUGAUUGUGGGUGAGGAGGAGGCUUCUGCUAUGCAGGAGUCCCAAAUGGACGACUCAAACAACAACACCACCACCACCACCACCAAGACCCUGGUGCCGGUGGCCUGGGCUGCUGCUUAUGGUAACAACCUAGAGGGUCGUCUGGAGGCGAAGCCAGGUGCGGUGACGCCCUACCUGCAGAUCAGCGACAGCAUCAGCACCAGCAGAGCGCUCAAGCAGAAGGCCAAGAAGAAGAAGAAGGGAGAGACGCGGCAGUGCCAGACCGCGGUGAUCAUCGGGCCAGACGGCCAGCCUUUAACGGUCUACCCGUGCCACAUCUGCGGCAAGAAGUUCCGCACGCGGGGUUUCCUGAAGCGCCACAUGAAGAACCACCCAGACCACGUGCUGAAGAAGAAGUUCCAGUGCACCGACUGCGACUUCACCACCAACAAGAAGGUCAACUUCCACACCCACCUGGAGGGCCACAAGCUCAGCAGCAGCAGCAGCUCCUGCAUCCUCAACAACAAGAACGCAGACGCAGCAGCAGCACACAGAGAUCGGGAACUCGAGCGGGAAAGAGAGCGGGUACCGGAUCAGCGCGAACGUCCGCCGGAAUACAGCGAGUACACGCGGCGCUACCACGAGGCCACCAGCCCGCUGGGCAACAACAUGCUGAUCCUGCGCGACAAGGACGAGCUGCCCAAGAUGCACCAGUGCAAGUACUGCGAGUACGAGACGGCCGAGCAGGGGCUCCUCAACCGCCACCUGCUGGCCGUCCACAGCCGCAGCUUCGCCCACGUGUGCGUGGAGUGCGCCAAGGGCUUCCGGCACCCGUCGGAGCUCAAGAAGCACAUGCGCACGCACACGGGCGAGAAGCCCUUCCAGUGCGCGCACUGCCCGUUCCGCUGCGCCGACCAGUCCAACCUGAAGACGCACGUGAAGAGCAAGCACGGCUCGGACCUGCCGUACAAGUGCGGCCACUGCCCGCAGGCCUUCGCCGACGACAAGGAGCUGGCGCGGCACGCCGCCGAGGCGCUGCAGGGCCACAAGACGCACCAGUGCCCGCACUGCGAGCACAAGAGCACCAACUCCAGCGACCUGAAGCGUCACGUCAUCUCCGUGCACACCAAGGACUUCCCGCACAAGUGCGAGGUGUGCGAGAAGGGCUUCCACCGGCCCAGCGAGCUCAAGAAGCACUCGGAGACGCACAAGGGCAACCGCGUGCACCAGUGCCGCCACUGCGACUUCAAGACCUCCGACCCCUUCGCGCUCAGCCGCCACAUCCUCUCCGUGCACACCAAGGAGCUGCCCUUCAAGUGCAAGCGCUGCAAGCGCGCCUUCCGCCAGCAGGGGGAGCUCAAGAAGCACAUGAAGACGCACAGCGGCCGCAAGGUCUACCAGUGCCAGUACUGCGAGUACAACAGCACGGACGCUUCGGGCUUCAAGCGCCACGUCAUAUCCAUUCACACCAAGGACUACCCGCACCGAUGCGACUACUGUACCAAGGGCUUCCGGCGGCCCUCGGAAAAGAGCCAGCACAUCGCGAGACACCACAAAGAGACGCUGAUGUGAAAAGAGGCAGGCGGGCGGGCGGACAGACGGGGACGGACUGUGUUGUGGAUGAUAAACACAACAAACCUGCACAGACGACACAUGGGGGGUAUUCCAAGAAUAUGGUGAAGGGUAGCCUGAUUAUCAUUGACGUUCAAAUCUCUUCGAGACUUGGUCUGACCAAGACCAUAACAAUAAACAUUUCCCAAACGGGAUGGUUGACCGACCUCCCUUGGUAUGCUUAUGGUUGUUUGCUUACCGACAAAGUGGGAGGAGUUCCCGUAUUUUCGGGAACUCAGAAAGUAAUUGCAUUGCUCUUGACCUGACUAAGUUGCAACACUGAAAGUGUUGCGUCACUAGGAGAGCACAGCCUGGCUAGGUGAAGGGAUAAAACCUGUCCAGUUUAACCUAAAGGAAGUGCCAAACCUGCUAUUAGAUGGCCCACAGGUCUCAUUUAGGGAGUGAAAAUGAGAACUCUAGUGGGGCUCUUCUAUUAGAUGAUUUGCCACUAGGUUAACUUAAUUUGGUUUACUAUGGAGCCAGUUUCUUGGAAUACCCCCUUGAUGUGUAUACACAGUCUCACAAACAUGCACACAGAUGUACACACACACACACACACACACACACACACACACACACACACACACACACACACACACACACACACACACACAGACCUCUUCACCCUGGUGCCACAGAUGAGCUGUUUUGCACACCAGGAUUGGAGGGGAAAGGAGCAUUUUUAGCGAUCGGAAAAAAUAACACUCUAAUCAACAGCAGUCCUUGUUUUGUAUUCGUUUUGUUUGUGUUUUGUUUUUAUUUAAUUUUCUUUGUGCAAUUUGUUUCCCCAUUCAGAGGAAUAGGUCUUAAAGAAAAAUGAUAUGUACUAGUACAGCUAUGACGAGAGAAUGUGUUGUCACAGAAAGAGACUCGGUUGGAGAACUUGUGUCAUGUUUUUUUAAAAGAAAUCAUUACAAAAUACUACAAACAAACAAACAGGCAAACGACAUCAAUUGACAUUCAGGGUCCUGAAAUCUGUCUAUUUUUAUAUCCACUUUGCCGAAACUGCAGGCUGCAGGCGGAUACACAAUGCGCACAUGAUGUGAAAAUGUUACUCGGCGUGUCUCUCGCCUGUGUUUGUGUGCGAGACUCAACUGAGGCUUGCUAAGUACUGAAGCCCCCAAGGCUUUCAAUCACCUUCACUUGUCAUCCGCCAGUCAUGAGUGCGGAGAGAGUCGGAAAGCUUCAAAACGCUUCAGGGCUCACUGUAUUUUUGUUGGGUUGUUUUUUUUGUUUGUUUUUUUUUAAAGCCGUUUAGUAUGUAAAAUCUUUUACUGUUCACUUCAUUCAAAAGCCAAUCAAUCAACGGAAUCAUGUCGGAAUGUUAAUGUGCUGUGGUUUGUGAUGUUAGCCACUCACACCAGCACCUGUGUGUGUGCGUGUGUGUGUGAGAGAGAGAGAGAGAGAGAGAGAGAGCUUGCGUGGGUGCGUAUUCUUGCACAUGUGACUGUGUGUGCGUGCGUGUGUGUGUGUGUGUGUGUGUGUGUGUGUGUGUGUGUGUGUGUGUGUGUGUGUGUGUGUGUCUGCGAGUGGGUUUGCUCCUGUCUGUUUCGUGCGUUCAUGUGUUUGGGAACAUUCACAUCCACUUCUCGUGAUGGACUUGAGCACUUGUUCCUGGUAACUACACUUACAAAAAAGAAAAACCCUAAGUACUUGUGGCCGCAUACACUGUACUUAAAGAAGAACAGUGCAGCUCUGAGGUCUUGUGUCGCGGUAUCAACACUCUAGAAGGCCUUCACUCCUUUUGUGUCAUGAAAAAAGAGGGAAUUUUUAUUUUAUUUUAAACUCUGUAAUGUGGUGGUGUUUUUUUAACUUGACUCCCUUGGCACCAUGUGAGUCAGUCACGGAAGCACGCUGACCUGCCACGAAAUGAAUGAACUGAAUGAUGUGUCUCUAAGUGUGUCUGUGUGGGGGCGAGGGCUCGAGUUGGAUGAGAGAGUGUGUGUGUGUGUGUGUGUGUGUGUGUGUGUGUGUGUGUGUGUGUGUGUGUGUGUGUGUGUGUGUGUGUGUGUGUGUGUGUGUGUGUGUGUGUGUGUGUGUGUGUGUUUCAUGCACUCAUAGGUAAAUGCCCAUCUAAGUGGAUGGACUUGCACGCAUUGCCAACCAUUAAUGGAAUUCUGUCAGGCCUUACAUGUGUUAUUUUACAUGCACUGAAUAACAAAUCUUUUUUUCUUUUCUUUUUUUUAAACAAGUGUGUGAUGUUCUAUGUAUAGUAACAUUUUUGCUCCAAAAGAUUGUGUAUAUCUUAGUAAACAAAAAAUAAGAGCACUUUAAUUUCUCUUUAUAUUUUUUUAUUGGUGUGUAUGCGGGGGGAGAGGAGUGUGUAGGCCAGGCAAGGCAUACUAAAUUAGGAUUAUUUAAAAUAAAAUUUUAAAAAACAAC